AUGACUACCGCACAUAGACCUACGUUCGAUCCGGCCCGUGGCAAAGAAGCCCUCCGAGGUCCAGCCUACCAUCAACGCCUCCUCCCAGCCCACACACAACUCAAGUAUCGUCAAGCCGGUCAAGGCGGCGAUGCUGACGAACCCACGCGCGAUCUCGCUGCUGAGCUUCUCGCUGCUGAAGCCACCCAUUUCACCAAGAAGAACGGCGCCCCUGCCCUCAUUGACGAUGCCGACGAGGACGACGAGACCAGCGUGUCCAAUGGCGCGAAGCGAGCGCUUCCAAGUGCAGAUGGCGAGGGAGAAGACUUAGAGGCGAUGAGGCGGCGGAUCUUGGUAGAAACAAGAGAUAUCGAUGCCGACGAUAGCGAAGAGGACGACGAUGACAGUGAAGACGAUGACGAUAGCGAUGAUGACUCCGAUGCAGAGCUACAGAGAGAGUUGGACCGUGAGGCCGAGCGACUCAAAGAAGAGGAAGAGGCCCGAGAACGAGAUAUUGCCCUGGGCAAUCCUCUCCUCAACAAACAAGAUUUCACUAUGAAGCGCCGCUGGGACGAUGACGUGGUUUUCAAGAAUCAGGCGCGUGGCACAGAGGACAGGGGCAAGAAAAAGGAGUUUGUAAACGAUCUCCUCCGUUCCGACUUUCAUAGGCGCUUCAUGAGCAAGUACGUUAGAUAA